GUCGUGGAAACGCGAGCGGGACAGUGAUGUGUGCGCUUCGUCUUCCGCCGCCUCCCCUCCGCGCGCCUUCCUCCCGCCGCUCAGCCCUCCGUCACCGCCUUGUACUGGACCCGCGCAGAGCCGCGGAACGAUGGCCGACAACAACAACAACAACAACAGCGGCAGCGGCGCGAACAAUGCCGCGAGCACCGCGCGGAGACAGCUCGACGACACCGCGGCAAAGAAGCACCGAGCCCCGGACAAGCUGGAGUCUCUGUUCCCUCUGCCUUCCUGCCCAGGCUCUGGCUGCUCUCCUCCAGGUCUCUCAUCCUCUCUGCUCCCCUCUCUCUCCUCUUCUCUCUCCUGCUCUCUCUCCUCCUCUCUGAACCAUAAGCCCCUCCUCUCCUCCGCUCUGCCCCCGCCCUCACACAGACCCGCCCUGCAGCAGGUACGUACCCGCUCUGUGGGCACAAACACCCAGGAGAGGGGCUGUGCAGACGGAGAGCUGCCCCAGAGAGGGCCCUGCCAGCCGGGCACCAGCGUCAACCUGGAGGGCAUCGUGUGGCACGAGACCCAGGAAGGUGUGCUGGUGGUGAACGUGACCUGGAGGAAGAGGACGUACGUGGGGACACUGUUGGACUGCACCAAACACGACUGGGCUCCUCCCAGGUUCUGCGACUCGCCCUGCUCUGACCCUGAGUUGCCAGGAGGUCGCGGUCGAGGGAAGCGGCUGCGUUUGGCUCUGAGUGAUCGCUCCUGCCUUGACUCUCCCGCCGCUAAAGUCCGUGCGCUAACGACGCCGCACAGGAGCAGAGGAGGCGCUACUAGCUCUCUCCACAAGGGGCGGCGUGGCAGCCUCAACCUCAUCAACGCCAACGGACGCUCCUCCUUCUUCACCGUGGACGACGUGAAAUCUCCCAACAGUUUGUCUGGGAAACGCAAGAACAAACCACCCGCGGAUUUGGAUCUGAGUCUGGUGGGAGCGGAUGAUAUGAAAAACGGAAACGGGAAACGUAUCCGGGCGAAGUCACGUAGUGCGCCGUCGACGCCUCAAGGGAAAAACGAUCCUUCAUUUAUGGAUCCAGGCGGAGGAGGCCUUCCCAUUCUCAUAGACUGUCCACACCCGAACUGCACCAAGAGAUACAAACACAUUAACGGUCUGCGCUACCACCAAACACAUGCACAUCUGGAGGCAGAGAAACCGGAGACGGCGGACGCGAUGAAAGAUCCAGAGAGCGAGGAGCGUUUGUCGGACUGCGAGGACGCGAUCGGCAGCUACGAGAUUUCAGAAACUUCAGCAAAGAAAUCAACACCGUUGUAUAAAGUUACAACAGUGGGGUCUCCGAAAAACAGGCGGCUUUUGCUGAGCACAGAUCAGAAUGCGAAAACGAGACGGACUUCUAUUCUCAAAGACGGACUCAUAGACGAUUUGACAAACUUACCGAUCAUCUCGAACAUGACAGUGGUGCUGGAGAACUGCAUGGUGCCGGACAGGAAUUCCACUGUGGAGAUGCCGAAACUCGAAGCUGAAGGCUUGAUAGAUAAAAAGAGCAAAAAGGCAAAUGGAAAAGUCGAAAAGAUUUCCAAAUCGAGAGUAAACCGUCCGAUCGCUCCAGCACCUGCUCCUCCUAAACUCAUUGCAAUCCCAAACACGUCGUUCGCUCCAAACUCAAGUACAGAACCUACAGCAGGCCAACAGCAACCUCUGAGUUUAACGACCAAAAAUAUCCCGUUAAAACCGAUUAAACCAAAACUAAGUCUUGUAGUAGAGCCGAGUUUAGUCAAAGCAACGCUUGUGGGGUGUAGCAAAGAGAUGAAAAAGAAGGAAAAGAAGAGAUUAAAAGAUAAAUUAGCUAAAGAUGUUGCUAGCAGAGUGGCUAACGGUGAAAACUGUAAAAUAGAAGAAAACGGAACUAAAAUGGUGGCAAAAGAGAUUUCGGGGAGUCUUUUGAAGGAGCACUUGAGCAAACAGGAAGUGCUAAAUGGCAUAUCAGAGACACCGGAGAGCCGCAUGGCGAGUAUCCGAGCAGAGGCCGAUAAAGUGUACACGUUCACGGACAACGCGCCGAGCCCUUCCAUAGGCGGCUCCUCUCGUGUCGACGGGUGCAGCGUGGACAGUAAAAACAACAGUCCUGCGUAUUCAGAUAUCUCGGAUGCGGGGGAAGACGGAGCCUCCAAAUCUGUAUCGUCUGAGGUUAGCGCUAAUUCAAAGAAUCUGGUGAAAGAUAACCCACAGUCCCCUUAUUACCACGGAUACGACCCCUACUACCUCCAGGGAUAUGCGGCACCCGAGAGACAGAGGAAGGAACGCAAAGAGGACGCGAAGGAGGAUGAGAAAAUCUCUGAGUUUUCUGAAAGUAAAAAAUCAGAUGGACAAUCGCAGCUGCAGUUAGCCAUGAGCCAAACAGCGCUAGCCCAGUCGCUUUACUACGGACAGUACUCACGAGGGAUGUACAUGGACCAGAAGCUAGUCCUGGGCUCCAAAUGUUGUGAUCCGAAGCCAAGGGGGAGAGACGCGGACGAGAUGAGAGUCGGGAAAGACGGGAGUACCGUGAAAAGUCCCAAAGCGGCGCAUUCGUACGUGGAGCUAAGCGCAGACAGGGGGCAGCAGAGGGACACUGACGAGCUCUCUCAAGCUGAGCUGGACUCUAGCGCCCCCUACACCACUCCCUCAGACGGAGGCACGUGGAGGAGCUUUGUGCACAGCAAAUACACUGAGGAGGAGCCAGGGGGCGCUCCGGAGCUCACAUCCGGGGCCCAGGACCGAGAGGGGAAAAUGGGUGAGGAACAGGACCACCAGGGGGCGCUGUGUGAGGACAGCCAAAGUGCGAGAGCGGCCGUAUCUCCUCCAUCACCACAGCCUUACACCCAGUACCACCCCCCCACAUACCCGCCCUACCUGCCCAGCAUCAGUGAGCCAUCUGCAGGCAGCUACAGAGGCCUGUCCCCCACCCUGGUCCACUCCUACCCAGGUUUCCACUACCCUCUGUACGGAAAGACUGCAGGCCGAGAGGAGCAGGAGGGUGCAGUGACCAGAGGGGGCGCUGUCAGCAGUAAACACUCAGACUCUACAGGGUUAGAGCUGCUGCCUCAGACUCACCAGUGCCACGGGAAGUCUCCAGCGCCUGGGGAGAAGGGUUCUCCAGAGGCAGACUCGGACAGGACCCAUGUGUCGUUUGGACGUCACCUCCACAGUCACCACUCUGCUCUGGGACUGAGCUACAGUCUGGUGCAGCCACAGUACGACCUGUACACAGGUCUGAGUUCUCGGUCGCUGGUGUCGGGUCAGCAGAGUUCUGGACACUCCUCUGAGAGUGAUGGAAAGAAGUGAGACUUCCCUCAACCUCGCUCCACCUCCUGCAUCCUCCUG